GCAUUCUAGUAAAGAGAUCUCUGAUUGGACCGAGAGCCGGCGACACGUGGGGAAGAGUGUGAGGCAGAUACCGGUAGACGAGAGAGGCUGCCUGGAUCGUCCGACCCGCUGAUCUGUCGAGAUGCCUUCUGACCUGGCCAAGAAGAAAGCUGCCAAGAAGAAGGAGGCUGCUAAGGCUCGUCAGAGACCCAAGAAAGACAACGGAGAUGUGGCUCCAGAGGAGGAGGCGGAGCAGCAGCCGGCCAAUGGCACCGCGGCCCCUGAUGUGGAUGAGGUGACCCGUGAGAUGGAGGAGUUCGAGCUGCGGAAGGCGGCAGCACGGGCGGUCACAGGGGUCCUGGCCUCUCACCCCAACAGCACGGACGUUCACAUCAUCAACAUGUCGCUGACCUUCCACGGGCAGGAGCUGCUGAGCGACACCACCGUGGAGCUGAACUCCGGCCGCAGAUACGGCCUCAUCGGCCUCAACGGGACAGGGAAGUCGAUGCUGCUGUCGGCGGUGGGGAAGCGGGAGGUGCCGAUCCCUGAUCACAUUGACAUCUAUCACCUGACUCGGGAGAUGCCUCCCAGCGAUAAGACGGCUCUGCAGUGUGUGAUGGAGGUGGACUCUGAGAGGACCAUGCUGGAGAAGGAAGCCGAGCGCCUGGCACAUGAGGAUGCGGAGUGUGAGAAGCUGUUGGAGCUGUACGAGCGUCUGGAGGAGCUGGAUGCCUCCAAAGCUGAAGUGCGGGGCUCUCGGAUCCUACAUGGACUUGGCUUCACCCCGGCCAUGCAGCGCCAGAAGCUGAAGGACUUCAGUGGAGGCUGGAGGAUGCGCGUUGCCUUGGCCAGAGCCCUCUUUAUCCGCCCAUUCAUGUUACUUCUUGAUGAGCCGACCAACCACCUGGAUCUGGAGGCCUGUGUGUGGCUGGAGGAGGAGCUGAAGUCUUUCCGCAGAAUCCUGGUCCUUGUGUCGCACUCUCAGGAUUUCCUUAAUGGCGUCUGUACAAACAUCAUCCAUUUGCACAACCGUAAACUGAAAUACUACACGGGGAACUAUGAUCAGUACGUGAAGACUCGUGAGGAGCUGGAGGAGAACCAGAUGAAGAGGUUUAACUGGGAGCAGGACCAGAUAGCACACAUGAAAAAUUACAUUGCACGGUUUGGUCACGGCAGCGCGAAGUUGGCUCGUCAGGCACAGAGCAAGGAGAAGACGCUGCAGAAGAUGAUGUCAUCAGGACUGACGGAGCGAGUGGUCAGUGACAAGACUCUGUCCUUCUGCUUCCCGUCCUGUGGAAAGAUCCCGCCCCCAGUAAUCAUGGUGCAGAACGUCAGCUUCCGCUACACUGCCGACGGGCCUAUCAUCUAUAAGAACCUGGAGUUUGGGAUAGACCUGGACACCAGAGUGGCCCUCGUGGGUCCAAACGGAGCCGGAAAAUCCACCUUAUUAAAGCUGCUGACGGGGGAGCUGCUGCCAUCAGAUGGCAUGAUCCGGAAGCAUUCUCAUGUGAAGAUCGGCCGGUACCACCAGCACCUGACAGAGCAGCUCGAACUGGACCUCUCCCCCCUGGAAUACAUGAUGAAAUGCUACCCCGAUAUCAAGGAGAAGGAGGAGAUGAGGAAGAUCAUCGGACGCUACGGACUGACCGGAAAACAGCAGGUGAGUCCGAUCCGUAACCUGUCUGAUGGGCAGAAGUGCCGCGUCUGCUUUGCCUGGCUGGCCUGGCAGAACCCCCAUAUGCUCUUCUUGGAUGAGCCCACCAAUCAUCUGGACAUCGAGACCAUCGACGCGCUGGCCGACGCCAUCAAUGACUUUGAAGGAGGGAUGAUGCUGGUGAGCCACGACUUUCGGCUGAUCCAACAGGUGGCCCAGGAGAUCUGGGUGUGUGAGAAGCAAGCCGUCACCAAGUGGUCUGGAGGCAUCUUAUCCUACAAGCAGCAUCUGAAGUCCAAGCUAAGUGACGAAGAGCGGCAGCCACAGCGCAACUGAGCCGCUGCCCCCAGAAUCCGAGAAGCCGCCUGUCAUCGGCAGCCGAUUCCUGUGCUCAGCCCUGAACCACCGCCCCGCCCCCACUCAAUGUUCAAGGACGAUUAGUGCGCGGCUUUGGGGUGUCUGUGCGCCGUUCUGCACUCUGCUUAUCUGAUCAGAAAAUUUCUUUAUUAUUUUUAAAAAAUAUAUUUAUCUGUAACUGAAAACAAUAAAGACAGAACCUGAACUGCA